AUGGCUCCAUCUAAUGAUUCGCCUCGGCCUCGAUUCUAUCGGUCUGCCCCACGCGAUACAUCUUCCUACGGAGUUUCUCAAGGUGAGUAUGCUGAAAGGUUCAACACCACGCGGCCUUCACCUUACUAUGAAAACCCUGCCGGCCCACCUCAAGGGUUCAGCUACCGUUCUCACUAUGCUCCCAUGAGUCCUCCGGUUCGAGAAGCAAAUACCUUUGCACGCCCAUUCUAUGAAAUACCCGAUUAUUACCACCCAGACGCUAGUGCUAACUUCCAACGAGCCAGCGCGUUUUCGACUGGGCAUUACUAUGGGGAGCCCAGUUUCCACAAGGAAGAGGCUGGUGAUAACCCGUUCCAACAUGCUCGCACGUCCUCGAACCCAUUCUACGCACAGCCCGAUUAUUACCACCCAGCGGCUACUGCUAACCUCCGACAAGCUAGCGCAUUUUCGACUGACAAUUACUAUGGACAACCCAGUUUUUACUACCAAGGGGCCAAUGCUAACCCGUUCCAACAAAAUAACGUCACUUCGAACCCAUCAUAUGGACGUCCCAUUCUCCACCACCGCGAAGAUAAUGAUCAGCGUCAAGGAGGAAGUCAACUGAUCAGAAGGUUCCCUCAGGCGUCGAAUGCUAAUUCUUGGGAACAAGACAGGAAGGGUGGAGGCCAUACAGCAGCACACCAGAUAAGAAGCCAGUCCGAGCUCCCUCGGAAGAAGCCGAGCCUACUCUCAAUCAACAGACCAGUACCACUCCGCCCCACGAAGCCGGUUCUGGUCCAAUUCACGGCCCAGUUCAAGCUCAUCCUGGACACACAGAGCCCUGCUCGUCGACAUGGCCGGGUCCUGAGAAUGACCGACACGCAGAUGAGGCGGACUGCAUCUCCGUAG